GAGCUGCCGACCUAUAUAAUUCUGUGGCCUAGUUUACAUUACUAUGGACGUAGAUGGAUACUAUGUGUAUCAAUGGUGCUGGGCGGAGUUGCUUGCCUUUUAACAUUCAUCACUCAAAAAGUUGCUGUUUGCGAGUGUACUACUUCACCCUGAAAUAAUUUAUGCACCCCUCGACCGCUACACCGUUUACCCGACUGAGAAGAAAACGUUGGUUUACUGUACUGGUGUAAACACAACAUAAAUUAUGGCUACCCAGCUGUGCGAGAAAUGUCAUCGGUCUACCCACACAGCUGAGCCAGUACUAGUAAACAAACGCAGUUUACUUGUAAUCAUCGGUAGGAGUUGAUGGACAAUUUCUCGACGACGGAAGUAGAGGAAAGAAGGCCAGGUGCACCACGGCUGCUGAGUUUCACCCCCUGGAGCCCCCAGAAUAGGAGAAAAGGAGAAAGGCGCCACCAUUGCAUAUUCGGCGAAGAAGCUGCUCAGUCGCAGCAACCAAUUUAAUAAAUGUAAAGUGUUAUGUAUAAUUUGUGUUAGAAUAAAAUGUAGUGUAUUGCAUGUAAAAAUAUAGUGUGAUAAAUGUAAAGUGUAUUAUCUGUAUAUGGCUGGUGUUUUCGUUAUUUAUGUACAAAAUCCCUGCAAUCCAUGCCUUCUGCCGGGAUCCUAGUCUACCGAAGAAGUUCGCCACCAUCAGGAAACCACAAUCGGGAUUUUCCCAGGAUACAGUCUACUAAUUUAAUCGAAGAAAGGUAAGGACCAGACUCCAAAACAUUGGUCCUUCGAACCGGAUUUGUGCGUAGUCAACUAAAGGUCCAUCCACGAAGGAAGAAGAACGCCAUUGCGAUUUCCCGUCCUUGGGAGAGGAACCCAAGCUAAAACCGCCAUCGCAGUCUGAAAAAUCUACUAGUUGCGAAGGCAACCAUCAUUUGAUGCAUUUAGAACGUUCGAGAAAAUGAAAAGACAGUGAAAGGAUUACUCUUACGAUUACGUCUGGCGAAUUUAUUGCUAUAAUGCACACAAUCAGGAUAUUUCACACUCCAAUUACCUGCAGUACAUUUAUUCCGCUUAUUUUGUGACCGGGAAGAGUCACAACAAGAGCAUCGCACAUUCGAGCUAACGGCAUCUUACAUCGUUGGCACCAGUCGCAAGAGGAAACCAUUCCGGAACGGGCGAAUUGCCCUGGUUUGUCCAGGUAAUUAUAUACUAAAGUUAUGUCCAGUCGCUGCUGGACCACUCCAUAAAUGCUACAUGGUUUCCUUUCCUAUUUUGAUGAUGUUUGCCGCAAUCAUAUUGGAGAAAUAACACCAUCACUGCAAGUCAUCAAGGGAGAUUAGCUUCGACGAAUGAGACGUAUUUCAAUCAACUUACCGUUAAAAUACCCGACUGCAACUACAUCCUACGCGAGUUCACUUGGUGCAGGAGCAACUGUUAUCCUUCCAGGUCAGUUAACGGAAUUGCACCACUUGUAUAUGUCCGGCCGAAGCUGGAAUUUAUUGCCAUACUACAUAAUGUAUUUCACACCUCUCUGUGCACUGUUUUGAUCGUGAUCGAUGUAUACAUACAUAAACAACAUUUACAAGCAUAUGAACAAGGGGCGCGCAUAAGUGCAUUAUUGUUUCACUGCGUCCUACUUUCGGAGCAUCGGUGUGAUCACGAGAAAAUCCGGCACAUCGUUUUUUGAUGAAAUUUAGCAGCGUUACUGUUUUGUCAGGUCAGUUAGAACAGUAUAUGUUCAGCCGUAGUUGGACCAACAAUUUUACUACAUAACCCUUUUCACCUCUCCCGCGAAAUCUGGAUCCGUAUGAAGUAUUUUAAAUUACUCGUACUUCCACAAUCAUUUGGAGCUGCAUCGUUCGAAUAUUUCUGAGGGACAUAACUGUAGAGAAAGCGGAAAUUCCUGUUUCUUCAGGUAAAUAAUAAAAACAGCUCUACAGUAUAUGCCCAUCCGAAGUUAGGAAACAAGCAGAAUAUUACACCUCCGUAUUAUCUUCCCGUUCUGUCAAAGUGAAAUUGUGUUACAAUGCCGCCGACUACAUCAUCGAGUGCUAAGAAGUCACCGGCGUUGCGGACGCUGCAAACCAAGCUGAGGUCAUACCAGAAUAUGUUCAGGGAUAUCUGCAGGUUCGCCGAUUCUCUUGGGGUGGAAACUACAGCCAGCCAGGUGACAGUUCGACUGGAAAAACUUGAGGAGUUGUGGGAGAAGGUGAACGAUGUGAUCUUGGACAUCGAAACACACGAAGACUUCGAAGCAGAGGAUGACGCCUAUGCUGAGCAACAGUCGGAGUUUGGAAACCGCUACUACCAGGUGAAGUCGGUGUUGUUAGACAAGAUCAAGGAGCUAGAAGAACCUGCUGUCCUUAAUGCCUCCAUCCGGGGACUCGACAUGACACAACAACCCACCAUAGAGCAUGUGCGACUCCCACAAAUCAAGUUGCAAACCUUCGACGGCAACAUUGAUGAGUGGUUGAGUUUCCGCGAUCUAUACACAUCGCUCAUCCAUUGGAAAGCUGAUUUACCGGAUGUCGAGAAGUUUCGCUACCUGAAGGGAUGUCUGUCAGGAGAAGCUAAGGCGCUUAUUGACCCGCUGUCGAUUACAAGGGCGAAUUAUCAGGUCGCAUGGGAGACGCUAACCAAACGCUACAACGGCAGUAAAAUCCUGAAGCGGCGUCAGAUUCAAGCGCUGUUUAAGUUACCUAAUCUGGCUAAGGAGUCGGCCAACGAAUUGCAGCCGUUGCUGGAGGGAUUCGAGCGUGUUGUUCAGACCCUUGAUCAGCUGGUACAACCCGCCGACUACAAGGAUCUUCUACUGCUAGACAUAUUAGCUUCGCGUCUAGACAGUGGAACCAGGAGAGCUUGGGAAGAGCAUUCAUCCACCAAGGAGCAGGAUACGGUGAAGGAUUUGACCGAAUUCUUGCAAAGACGGAUCAGAGUACUGGGAGCAUUGCCAACUAGAUCCGUUGAACCCAAGGUUGUCGUACCGCAACCGCAAAGGAAGCCAUUUGUAGCGCGCUCUAGCCAUAGCGUCGUACAAAAUACAGGAGGACGGUGCAUCGCGUGUUCGGAAUCCCAUCCGCUUUAUCAAUGUCCAGCUUUCCAACGUUUAGCAGUAUCCGCCCGCGAUAAGCUGCUCCGCAACCACUCCUUAUGUCGCAAUUGUUUCCGGAAGGGUCAUCUGGCUGCGGAGUGUUCUUCACGAUAUGUGUGCCGUAAUUGCAAGGGCAAGCACCAUACCUUGGUAUGUUUUCGGACGGACGGCGAAGGCGGUAAGGAGUCAACCGCUAAGGGAGCAAACAGUUCCGGGAAUUUCAAGGAAGGGGAAUCAAGUACCAGAAUAGCCAGCACACCAGCGGCUGUUUCAUCUAACAUGUCUGGUCAGCGCAGCUCAUCGGUAUUACUCGCUACGGCCAUCGUCUUAGUGGAGGACGAUCAAGGAGGUAGUUAUCAAGCAAGGGCUCUACUGGACUCGGGUUCUGAAUGCAAUUUCAUGACCGAGCGGUUAUGUCAACUGAUGAACGUUCAACGGCGGCGGUCCGACGUGUCUGUGUACGGGAUCGGGCAAUCCAAUACCAAGGUCAAGCAUAAGGUGACAACAACAGUCAAGUCGCGAGUAUCUGCUUUCUCGCGGAAGAUGGAGUUUCUUCUACUACCGAGUGUCACAGCAAAUCUUCCGAUAGCCAACGUGGAUAUGACGGGAUGGGAAAUCCCAACUGGCGUGGAGCUAGCGGAUCCAGCGUUUUUCAAAUCCAAGGCGGUUGAUUUAGUGCUUGGGAUCCAGUACUUCUUCGCAUUUUUCCAUACCGGGAAUGAAGUGCAGUUAGGCAAGGGUCUUCCUACUCUAACCGAGUCGGUAUUCGGAUGGGUAGUAGCUGGCACGGUUGAAAGCUCGCUAGAAACCCAACGUAUAACCUGCAAUAUGGCCGUCGGUCUGGAGGAAAUAUUGACUCGUUUCUGGACCUGUGAGGAGAUCGAUUCUACCUCUAUUUAUUCGCCUGAGGAAGCACGCUGCGAGGAGCAGUAUGCUAGAACUGUACGAAGGGGAACGGAUGGCCGAUACACAGUCUCACUACCAAGGGAUGAAGUCGCCCUGGCAAGGAUGGGCGAGUCAAGGGACAUCGCAGUCCGGCGGCUAGAAGCUUUGGAUCGCAGACUAUCGAGGGAUCCAGAGCUCCGGAAACAGUACAACCAGUUUAUGGCGGAAUAUCUGGAGCUAGGUCACAUGCGAAGGGUAUCUGUGACACGAGAUGAAGAAGGCAAACACUGCUACUUACCUCAUCAUCCAGUGGUCAAACAGGAAAGCACCACAACCAAGGUCAGAGUGGUCUUUGAUGCAUCGUGCAAAACUUCCUCAGGAACGUCUCUAAACGAUGCACUAUUGGUGGGACCGGUGAUUCAGGACGAUCUCCGGUCAAUUAUUCUACGGAGCCGAACCAGACAGUACAUGGUGGUAGCGGAUGUCGAGAAGAUGUUUCGACAAAUCAAAAUCGAUGAAGGGGACAUGCCGCUUCAACGAAUUCUGUGGCGUGUGGAUGGUAACGAGGAGGUCGGGACCUACGAGUUAACUACGGUCACCUAUGGAACCAAGCCGGCUCCGUUCCUUGCAACCAGAACUCUGAAGCAAUUGGCUAUGGACGAGCAAGCACAAUACCCACUAGCGGCAAGGGCUGCAAUCGAAGAUGUCUACAUGGACGACGUUUUGACUGGCGCUGACGAAGCAGAAGCAGCGUUGGAGCUGCGAAACCAGCUGGACGAGAUGAUGGAUAAAGGAGGAUUCCGUCUGAGAAAGUGGGCUUCCAACUGCCCGAUGGUAUUGCAGGGUAUUCCAGAAGAAAACCUGGCGGUAAUGCAAGCAAAGGAAAUCCAGCUAGAUCCCGAUCCCGAAGUACGAACCCUAGGACUUGUGUGGCUUCCAGUUGAUGAUGUCCUGAUGUUCCGGUUCAAAAUACAGGAACUAGAGCCAGCCGGUAAACUGUCGAAACGUAGGGUCCUGUCAAUCAUAGCUACGCUAUUCGAUCCGUUAGGCCUGGUAGGAGCGGUAAUCACAACUGCAAAGAUUUUCAUGCAGCUAUUGUGGUGUUUAAAGGAUGGCAAUGGAAGGAGCUUAGACUGGGAUAGUCCCCUGCCAUCAAAGGUUGACGCAGAAUGGCGAGAUUUCCACUCUCAGUUGCCACUGCUAAACAGUCUGAGAAUCGACCGCUGCGUUAUAAAACCGAAGGCAGUUACUGUUGAGCUCCACUUCUUCUCAGACGCAUCCGAGCGAGCAUACGGAGCUUGUGCGUAUACUAGAAGUGUGGAUUCAACGGGAGGUGUUAGAAUUGUAUUACUUUCGUCCAAAUCCAAGGUGGCCCCAUUGAAAUGCCAAUCCAUUCCACGCUUGGAACUGUGUGGAGCCUUGAUGGCGGCUCAGCUUUCGGAGAAGAUCACAGAUGCGAUUAAGAUGGACGCGCAGCAGUUUUUCUGGACGGACUCCAUCUGCGUUCUCCAAUGGCUAAAGGCAGUACCCACGACGUGGACUACAUUCGUUGCUAAUCGCGUGGCGAAAAUUCAAGGAAUCACCGAGACGCAUAUUUGGCAGCACGUUCCAGGAACCCAAAAUCCGGCAGACUUAAUUUCGCGCGGAUUAACUCCAGAGCAGAUUCAGCACAGUGAGCUGUGGUGGGAAGACCCACCAUGGUUUCAGACAGGGCUAGAAUCACGGCCAAAGCCACCAACAAUGGCAAGCGUUGAGGACGUAGAAGGAGAGAUGCGCCGCUCAGCAGUUCCAUGUACGAAACAGCAGGAGUAUUUCGGAACCUGGUACGUUAGCAAGUUCUCCAACUACCCAAAUUUGAUGAGAAGCACAGCGUACUGGCUACGAUUGAAAAAUAUCCUCAAGCGGACUGAGCAUAACAGAAGAUGGAAAGGAGUUCUAGAGGCAGCUGAAUUGAAGGAGGCCGAGCACACGUUAAUGGGGCGCAUUCAGCAGGAAACGUUCCCGAAGGAGUGGAAGGCGCUUUCGAACCAUGAAGCGGUAUCAAGGAGUUCACCGCUGCGCUGGUUUCACCCACAGUUGUCUAGGGACAAUCUGCUCAGAGUUGGAGGGCGAUUGGGCCACUCACAGGAAAUUGAAGAUACCAAGCAUCCAAUAAUACUUCCCGCAACACAUCGACUAACCAGACUGUUAUUAGAGCAUUUUCACAAGAAGUUGCUCCACGCGGGACCGCAGCUUCUUCUUGGCACUGUAAGGCUUCAGUAUUGGCCAUUGGGAGGCCGCAAUUUAGCUCGGCAAAUAGUUCAUCAGUGUAAUCGUUGUUUCCGAGCAAAGCCCAAACCUAUUCAGCAAUUCAUGGGUGAAUUGCCUGCAGCGCGCGUGACUGUAUCACGGCCAUUCUCAAGAACGGGAGUGGACUAUUUUGGCCCGGUGUAUAUACGCCCAGGACCUCGUCGUACGGCAGUUAAAGCGUAUGCGGCAGUAUUCGUCUGUAUGUGUACGAAGGCCGUUCAUAUCGAGAUGGUAACGGAUUUGUCUACGGACCGGUUUCUGCAGGCGUUACGCAGAUUUAUUGCAAGGAGAGGCAAGUGUUCCGAUAUGUACUCGGAUAAUGGGGCAAACUUCAUUGGAGCUCGGAACCAACUGAAGCAACUGACUGAGUUGUUACACAGCAAGGAACACAACGAGAAGAUAUCGAAGGAAUGUGCAAAGGAUGGCAUCCAUUGGCAUUUCAACCCCCCCAGUGCUCCACAUUUCGGAGGUCUAUGGGAGGCGGCAGUGAAAUCGGCCAAGUACCAUUUGUUGCGUGUCCUUGGUAACCAGGUGGUUUCGUUCGAAGAUAUGAACACUCUUUUGAUUCAAGUGGAGAGCUGUCUUAAUUCUAGACCACUAACUGCGAUGACUGAUGAUCCAAAUGAUCUCGAGCCUUUGACUCCGGGACAUUUUCUAAUUAGAACUUCCAUGCAGCAACUACCUGCUGCAGACUGCAAAGCUGUUCCACUAAAUCGUUUGAAACAGUGGCAGAUAAUACAGCAGAAACUGCAGCAAUUUUGGAAACGAUGGCGGUUGGAAUAUUUAACGCACCUACAAGGCAGAGUGAAGCGUUGGCAACCACCUAUUCCAAUCUCUGUGGGCCAAUUGGUGAUAAUCCGAGACGAUAACGUACCCUCCAUCCGCUGGAAAAUGGGAAGGAUUCAGCGGGUCCACUCAGGCGACGAUGGAGUUGUCAGAGUAGUGACUCUUAAGACCGCAACGGGAAUGCUAGAAAAACCAGUGGAAAAAAUAUGCAUUCUACCAUCAGCGACGGCAGAACCAGACAGUAGUUCCCAGUAGUUGGAAAUGUCGACGCUUCCAUACGGUGUGCGAGAGGUUUUCUUUUUUUUUCAGAAAUUUUAGCAAUUUCAGGGAGGGUGAGAAUGUUUGCGAGUGUACUACUUCACCCUGAAAUAAUUUAUGCACCCCUCGACCGCUACACCGUUUACCCGACUGAGAAGAAAACGUUGGUUUACUGUACUGGUGUAAACACAACAUAAAUUAUGGCUACCCAGCUGUGCGAGAAAUGUCAUCGGUCUACCCACACAGCUGAGCCAGUACUAGUAAACAAACGCAGUUUACUUGUAAUCAUCGGUAGGAGUUGAUGGACAAUUUCUCGACGACGGAAGCAGAGGAAAGAAGGCCAGGUGCACCACGGCUGCUGAGUUUCACCCCCUGGAGCCCCCAGAAUAGGAGAAAAGGAGAAAGGCGCCACCAUUGCAUAUUCGGCGAAGAAGCUGCUCAGUCGCAGCAACCAAUUUAAUAAAUGUAAAGUGUUAUGUAUAAUUUGUGUUAGAAUAAAAUGUAGUGUAUUGCAUGUAAAAAUAUAGUGUGAAAAAUGUAAAGUGUAUUAUCUGUAUAUGGCUGGUGUUUUCGUUAUUUAUGUACAAAAUCCCUGCAAUCCAUGCCUUCUGCCGGGAUCCUAGUCUACCGAAGAAGUUCGCCACCAUCAGGAAACCACAAUCGGGAUUUUCCCAGGAUACAGUCUACUAAUUUAAUCGAAGAAAGGUAAGGACCAGACUCCAAAACAGUUGCUUCCAGUCUUUCCCGCCAAUUAUGUUUACGUCUGCUCCUGA